AUGUUUAUAGGCACUACUAAAGUUAAGAGUACAUUUAAAGAAAAGUCUGUUAAAAGAGGAAGCAAAUCAAAGAUUAUAUUCACUGCAAAUACUAAGGUUAGUAAAAAAAGAGCGGAAAAAAAACAUUUAAACAUAAUGUUAAAUUCGGACAAUAAAUAUUGCAUAAACUGUGGUAAUACAGUAAAAAGUCUUUAUAAAGAAUAUAGUUCAACGGUAUUGAAGUUAACAGAAUGUGAUAACUGCAAGAAUAUUGCUGAUAAAUACGUAGAAUAUGAUGCUGUUAUUGUUAUUAUUGAUCUAAUUCUACUUCAAAUGACGGCUUACAGGCACGUUCUGCUCAAUUCCGAAUUUAGAAAUUUUUGGAAGUUAUCCAUUGGAUUGAUAAUAUUAGAAACAUACAUGACUUGGAUUUUAAGUAAAGAAUUUCCAAUUGAAAGACCAACUAGAGAAAUACAUAACAUAUCAACAUUCAAUGAAGCAGAUAUUUAUCUUGAUGAUAUAAAAUUUUAUGAAAUGAGUCUCAACACUAUUCUAGGAUUUAUCAGUUACAUAAUUGUAACAUUUAGUUUAACGGGAAUUUAUUCUUAUUUAAGAAAAACUGAUAAAAUAUCAUUAAUUACUAUUUCCAAAGCAGUAUGUCUUUCCAGCAGUGGAAUAUUUCUAAUAUUACCUUCAUUGAUAUGGGAUACACAAAUUAAUGAAUUCCACAUUCUUUUUGUAUCAUUAUAUACUACACUUUCACAGUUAUUAGCUCAUAAAGCAAUCACAAAUUCAGAAAAAAUUUGGAGCUUAGUAGUUGUUUUUUUAUCCAAUUUAGUUAAAAUGUAUAUAAUGUCCACUGCACUUACUAAAAUAGCUGUCGAGUGA